GCUCUUUCACUCUCACCGUUGCUCUCCGCCUGCCAUCAAUGAGCGCUGUGCACACAUGCAUUAGCAGCGCCCUGAGACAGGCCUUUCGGCUCCCAAAGCAUCGAGUCGCCGCUUCCUAUUCCGUGCCUGCGUUCCUCGUUCCUGCCGUCGCUCGGCCGCCUGGUCGCCCCUUCUCUUCCACAAAACGCCGCCGGAAAGAAAAAGAACACCACCAAGACACAGUUGCCUUACGCUAUCCUCCGAAGCCUACUAACAGAUUCCCCCCAUCGCAUAUCCUUUUCCCCGACCGACAGGUUCGAGAUGACAUUCAGCAAUGGGUUGCCGCGAUUGAUCCUCUUCUUCCACCUCAUCUACGACUAGACACAUCGAACCGCCCUGAUAACUCCUCGUCAGUGACGGCUAUCGAUAUUGCGCGCAUUAUCAACGCCGCGCAGGACGCCUCUCAAGAUAUCCUCGGCCACUUGGGAUUGGUACAACAGCGAUGGGACACUGUAGUCUGGGUUGCAAAGAAGCUGGUCCAAGAUGGCCGACCCUCUGCCGAAGCUUCUGUGCACCUAGAGCCCUUCGGCAACGUUGAAUGGCCGGAGAUUCGGCCUGGAUCCGUUGAUGACCUAACGAACAACCCUCUCCGCGUACAGCGGGCUCAGCCUUCUACGAGGCUGUCCUAUACCCUGGACGUCAUAACGUCUCAUCCAGACUCCAUCGAUCCACAGCACCGAAUCCUUAAGCGAGCGCUCGGACAGCUCUGGCGGAGUUUGGGGCGUAUGAUUCUGGUCGUUGCCGAUGAAAGCCACAAAGAGCACGAUCCGAUAAUGCCUCGGGUGUUGGAGAUCAUUGCAUAUCUACACCAUAUAGGACUGAUCCCGGACUCCGUCUAUGCGCCCACCCCAAUCAAUGACAGCCACGCUCUGCAGCAGCCUCCCACUCUCCACCUUCUGUCUUCUAAAAUCCUCACCGCGCUGUCGGACGCGACUUGGAGAGCUCAUGAGGCAUCCGUGAAAGUCGCGACCGAGCGACUCAAUGCGUCAUAUUUCCUCGGCCAUGAGAUCCCUGGGUCACGCUACAAAAUCCAAGUAACGGAAGUAGCUCCCGAGCUAUGGUUAGAGCUGAUCCUCUGGUCUUGUCUGCAUGGUGGGUGGAUAGCGGAUGGGACGGCAAUCCUAGAACAAGUGGCAUCGCAUAACAGCGAACAGAGCUGGGGACUUAUCAGCUGGCGAGAGCUUCUUCAGGCUAAAGAACAAGAGUCGGCUGAUUCGGGUGGAUGGAGACUGUUUCAACGACGCCAGGACGUUUUCGCAAAGGCGGAAGAUCGUGCGCGCACGCGAAGAACAAUCAGCAGCGAAAUCGUAACGUCGUUUAUAGAUGGACUUGUGAACAAUAUGCGACUGGGUGUCGGUGCUCGAGGCGCCGAUCCGGAGCAUUUGGUCGAGCGGAUCAAGAAGCUGAAGCAUUUUCUCGACCUGAACUCCCUCAGCCUGGGGUCAGCGACCUGGGACUCCAUCAUGGCGCGCCUUCUGGAAUCUGGCGGGAUAGCCCCCGAAAAGCGUCCAGAGCUUCUUCUUAGCAUUUUGGAUCUGGCGUCCGGAUUCGGCGCUGAGGUUGGCGCAAUCAAUGUUUCCUCACAGACGGCGAAACCAGAGUCAGAACCCCCUUACUUCUUCGAGCCUACCACGAUACCCCUGAGCCUGCUCCACCGGACCAUGCGAGCGUUCGUGGAGAACGGGGAUAUCGCAGGGGCCAUGACGACUCUCAAGACGCUCCAGCAGUACACGGAUAGCAACAAGCAGAGAUCUUUGGAGCACUUUUUUGAGACACUCAAGACUGUGCCGCUCUGGCAGGACGAGCCGUUUACGAGUGCGCUUCCGCCAAUUGAGUUUCCGGCUUUUGACAAUCAACUUCCUAUACCCCUGCUUGCCAAACUUCUAGACCUAGCCACCGACGCGAAGAUGUAUGAGCUUGGACGCUGGUUUUUGUUCUCGAAAGACUUAGACGGCCCUUUGAUACAUCCCUACAUGUACGCCGACUGGAACGUGGCCGCGUCCAUUAUACGUUUCGCUACUCUGGCUGGUGAGAAUGAUCUGGUGCUGAAAAUUGUAGAGCAGACAGGAAGUUGGAGCAAGGAACACCAAGCCCAGCGCAUGCCUCAUGAGCUUUUGACGGCGCUGCUCUGCAGUCAGAUCAAAUUACAUCGCUGGCAAUCGGUACGCGGUAUGCAGGAGCACGUCUUGGAGACGCCAGGUUAUCGACCCCGGCCCGAAAUUCUUGCCAAAUUUGCCGCAGAACUGCUGCGCUCCGAAGGGGAUUCGUCUAUGAAAACGCAAGCCCGGAAUGCUUUUACAAAAUUUCUCUUUACAUGGGAAGACCUGAUUUUGUCGCAUGCGAGGAAUGAGUUGUAUUGCGUUCUCGGAAUACUCUCCACUGUCCAUGAGGAGUGGAAAGAGUACUGUUCGCAGUUUCUUUCCUUCUCCACACGCCAAGGCAUCAGGCUCUCUACCGACGACUUCAACCAGAUUCUCGGCGGGGUCCUCGACGGGUAUGGUAGCCUGCAAGGCAGGAAGGUUGUAGAUGCAUGGUGCUACAAACCUCCAAAACCCUUCGAGCCGUAUCGAGCACCGGGAGGUUUGCCUACUAUGCCUCGCACCCGCGUAGGCAAGGGUGAGGAGUAUGAAAGUCGACCGGGGAACAUCGAAAUCGUUCAAUCGUCAGGAGCGGGGAUCAUCUUCCAAGGACGGAUCUAUCCCAAUCGACAGACCAUCUGGGCGAUCCUGCGAAAGGUCCAGCAGGAGGAAGACCACAGGCGGGCGAAAGGUGAAGAAUUAACAGCGUCUAAGCGCGCAAAGGUGCGCGAGACGCUGGAGUGGGCCGCGAAGCUGCUGUACUACCUGGGCUUCGACUACGAGGACAUUGUCCGUGACCUGGGCGGUCUCGCAGAGCUGGCCGAGCUUGAGGCUCCGUCGGCGCCUAGAGUGGUUAGAUUUGCUGGAGGCGAGCCAGGGUUCUGAUGGUCCGGUUCGGCGUCG